AUGUUGUUUGGAGAUCUGGCAGAAUUGGCUGACAAAGCAUCCAAAUAUGAGGAACUGCUCAGGGAAGAACAACAAAGGAGGAACUCCUCCAAGGGUACCUACUACAAGACCCCUUCUUCUUCAGUCCACCUAGUUGAGGUAGAAUCAGAAGAUGAAGCAGAGGAGUCAGAGGAAAGAGAGAUUGCCGUGGCAGAUAUGGCAAAAUUGAAACAUCUCAUAAGUUGCAAGGCCCUUACAAAGCCACCAAAGGAUCAGAAGCUGCCACCAUUCACAGGAGGAUUUGUUCCAAACAAACCAACACAGAAUAAGGAAGGAAUAACAACAGGAAGGCUGAAGUUGGCAGAGAAACCCCCAACAGUCACAACAAAUCUUUUUCCCCAACCACAAGUCAACAUGGUCAACUUAAAUUGGCCAGAACAAAAGAGGAGCAGGCCAACGACAGAAGCUAGAUCCAGCAGAGGCAGAAUAGUCUCAAGGGAAACUAUUGAAAGAACAAAAGCAACUAUCUCAGCUGGGGUAGUGCUCUGCAUCAAUUGCAAGUGUGAAGCUGAGCUAGAAGUGGCCCUGAACAGACAGAACCAGCCCACUCCAAGUGUUUUUGACAAGAUUGGAACCUCAUCCCGAGAUAGAGCAAGGCAGAAAGACUAUCUCAGGCCUGCCCAACGCAGCAAGAGGAUGACAGAGCAACCCAAGAAGGAAAUAUCAAUCAAGAUGCCUGGGAAUGAGAAACCUUUGGCAGCUAUCAUAGAAGGCAGGUGGUAUUCUGUCGGAAAAAGUGGCAAACCAACCAUGGAGUUAACCAGAACCCAGAAAAGGAGGGUCAAAAGGGAUACACAGGUACUUCCAGGGACCGAUUCUGCCAGAAAAGGGAAAAAGUCGAAAGUACUCCUCCAAGCAGAACAAGCAAUCUCCCAGCCACAGAAGCUGUUGAAAGCAUAA